CUCAGAUCCCAGCAGGACUUCACUGUUGUUCUUCUUCUGUGGGACGCUGCCGGACCCUCGCUAACUUCUCAGGAUGUUGAGCUGGGUGGCUAAAGUCGUUCCGCAGCCGCCGGAGCCUCCGCCAAAAAAUGUUGAAGAGCAGAAACUGGGGAAACCAGUGGCCACGCCCCCUGCGGAGAAGAAAGUGACAUUUCUAGAUGAGAGCAAACAGCAGGCUCAAAAAGAAGGCAAACCCAAACAGGAAGUAAAGGCGGUGGAGAGCGGCCCGGAGCCUGUCGCUCAGUCCGGGGUGUUUACGUGGUUCAACGCCACUUUGCCCAAACCUGCUCUCCCACCAAACCUGAGCCGGGCCAACUCCGUCGAGAAGGAGGAAAACACAACAACCAGGAAAGGGAUGAUGGCCUGGAUCUCUGAGGGUUUGGAGAAAGUCGUUCCUCAGCCCGACCUGAAGAAGGAAACCCCAGCAGAACCUGAGCAGCUCACCGAGUUAUCAGCUGUUACUGCAGUGUUGGUGGCAGCACCUGAAAAACCUGCAGAGCCUCAGAUCAAUGUGGAGGAGCGAGAGGAACACACUGACAAGAGACUCCUCCCCCCCAGGAUGUUAGACUGGAUCAAAAAAGGUUUAGAGAAAGUCGUCCCUCAGCCGAAGACAGAAAUCAUGGAGAGGCCUGAAGCUCCUGCUGAAGCAAAAGCACCAGAACCGGCUCCAGCCACAAAAGCAGCUCCUGAAACUGAGAA